AUGGCAACCUGUUCCAGGACAGCCUCUCAAGCCCAAUCCCCCUUUGAUCAGGGAUACAUGGAACCCCACCUUCCAACAACCACCUCUGUCAAACUUGGCAAGGUAUCCCUUGAGUGUGUCACACGCCUCCUCCUUGGCCUCCUUGGCCACGUCAAAUGGCUCAAAAGGGAAAUUGCCAAAAUCAAGGAAGCAGGGGUUGAAACCCAAACCAAUGUCAAGAACAUAUCUCAAACCGUUGAUGUUGUCAAGGAUGGGCUUAGAAGCCUCCAACUCCAAGGACCCUGCACACCAGAAGGGCCCCAGCCAAAAACCGUGGAAGAAACACCAUGCCCCAUACCAAAGACCAAGCCUGUUGGAUUAAGCCCUAUUAUUCCUCUGCUGACAACCCAUGAUUACACCUGCUACCCCCCAAAUUUGGGCUUGGGCCAGCAUGCAACCACUUGUACUGGUCAUGUGACCGUGUCCAGGACAGUUAGUAGGCCGCCCUUCUGGACCAAACAGCUGCAGGCCCCUGUCCCCAUCACCCAGCCAACCCUAAGAAGAACUGUGCCCCUGCAAGUCCUGUCUCCCCCUCCAUCUCCGCGUCUCCAAUCCCCAAUUGGAGCCCCUGCCUCUUACCCACCAGCUCCAGCAGCCCACUACCCCGCUUUGGUCAAGGUUGACCACCCCAAUGCCUACACAGGCAAAACAGGGAGUGAAGCCAAGCAAUGGUUAACCCAGAUGAUGGCCUGGACCUGCCUAAAUUUGCGGAUGUUCCCAACCAAUCAGGAGACCGUUGAGGGUUUCAAACUGGAGUUCUUGGCAGCCUUUGGCAACCCUGAUGCCACAAGGGCCACCAAGCAGAAAAUUACCACCCUCACCCAGUCCAGCACAUGUGCGGACUACAUUACAAAGUUCAGGACCUUAGCCAUGGAACUGGGCUGGAACAAUGCGGCCCUUAGAGGCCAGUUUGCCCAAGGCCUCCACUGGGAGGUCAGCCGCCAAAUUGCCACCCACAAGCAACACCCCCAAACCCUCCUCAAGCUGCAGAAUGCAGCACUUGUCAUUGAUAAUGCUCUUUGCAAAGAGCACGCUAGCCACCCACCAAGGGACAAUAAGUCUAGCAAACAAACCAACCCCAUAAGGGGGACAAGUACCAGCCAAACUACUGCCGGAUCAAGGAAACUCUCCAACAACCCCAACUUUGUGUUGGAAGAGGAAAGGAAUUGCCUCUGCACCGCAGGCGCCUGCAUCAAAUGCGGCAAAAUGGGCCACAAGUUUGCAGAAUGCCGCACGGGCUGGAAAGCUACCCCUAUUGAGGACAAGGGGAAAGCUAGGGAAACCGCCAAAGUUGGCAAAGACUCCAAGUACCAAUUGGGAAAAGAGUGA